AAACGUCAAGGGGUCUGAAUACUUUCCGAAGGCACUCUAUAUUACUUUUUUUUACAGUAGCAUGAAAACAUAUUCAGAAAAGAAAUCUCGGAACAACUUUUUUUUUAAACAAAGAAACCUGAAGGAAAGAAAGAUAGGAAGCUAAUGAUAUCUAGUCAAAUCCUAUCACAUGUAUUUUUGGAGAUGCGGGUGACAGAAAGAAUAUCCCAUUUGAUUGUCAGUAAAACAAAAGAGAGGAGGACAAACAAGAGAUGCGGGAAAUAAAAGAUAUGUAUAGCUGGGUGUGUGAGUGCGUGCUGCAUUUAAUGAGGUUUUAGAAACAAUAAACACAUGUCCCAAAGUGAGACAAUUCUGUCGACAUUGACAACCCAGAAGAGAAAAAAAUAGAAAGUUCAUGAGAUCAGAUGAAAGAUCUGUAAAACAACUCAAAAGUAAAUGAUAAUUGAAUUUAUAUUUCAAUGAGUCCCCUCUCUUGUUGAGGGUGCACAUCUCAGUGUCGUGUCAUCAAACUCCCAGUCCAUCCUAAUCAUCACGUUAUAAAUUGGUCUUGGAUCUGUGCCAUGUCGCUUCAGCCCAGUUUAUUCCACUCCUGAGUGAAAUGUAUUCGUUUGAGAGAGAGAAAAAAUUACAUUAAUUUCCACUGCUAUUGUGAUUUUUUUCAAGCAAUCAUAAAUAUUGUUUAAAAUGGGCGAUGACAGCUUACAGUGACGUGUCUGUCCGUGCACCUUUCCGUAAUGGUGAUUUGGAGACUUUUUUGACUCGCCCUGCCCAUCAUUGCGCUGCGCAUUAUAAAAAUCGCGCCCCAUCAGUGGGUACCCUCCAGAACGCACAGGAGCAGAAUACGCCUGAGGACAGCUUCUAUCUAAACCAUCCUUUAAACCCUCAACUCAGUAUGCAUCCUAACUUGGGUACCUGGCUGGGCGCACUGACUCUCCUCGUCUGGACCUUUAUAUGCAUCGGGACGCUCGCGGAAGGCUACCCGGUCAAACCUGAAAACCCCGGCGAAGAUGCGCCGGCGGAGGAACUUGCCAAGUAUUACUCCGCUCUCAGACAUUACAUCAACCUCAUUACAAGGCAGAGGUAUGGGAAGAGGUCCAGCCCUGACACACUGGAUUCACUGAUCUCAGACCUGCUGCUAAAGGAGAGCACAGAUACGCUCCCACAGUCCAGGUAUGAUGAACCGUCGUUGUGGUAACCGUGUCACUGUCCCCGCCCAGCACCCUACCAUCGCCACGACAAUAUACUGACCUCAACAACACGGCCGCCUCACCAUGGCCGAUGCCCCAUCCUAACAACCCCAGUUAGCACCCUACCAUCCCCCUCUCCCCAUCCUCCAUCCAGAGGUUACUCCUGUGCCAGAUAACUAACUGCAUAUGUACAGAGUCUUAUUUAAGUCACCUGUACAUUGGUAAGUCAGGGGAGAGAAUUAUUGAUUGUAUGGUAAAACUGUGCUAUUAAAUAUUAAUUAUAU